AUGGACUCUGCAGAGCUCAAGAUUGACCUUAUCUCACCUCAGGUAGUGCACUCCUGGUGGACCCCGCAGUUGCGUACUGAACCCAUGAAGGUAGAUGCUCAAAAUAAGGCUGGCGUGGAUUUUCAUGCCAAAGCUGCAAUCCAAUUAGCCGCUGUAGCGUUCGGUCAUGGGUUUCAGGCAGGAAUCAAUCUGAAGCCUGUCCUUGGAGCUACAUUUGCUCUUUCUGGGUCAACUAGUGAUGCCUGUGCGAAUGAUGCAGAGCACCAUGUCCUUGGUGUCAGCGUGGUCCCCUCGGCCGGCAUUAGUCUUAAUGCAGAAAUUGCGAAAGCCAGUGACUCGGCGAACCCAUUGGCAAAGAUAACUAUUGCGGAUCUCAAGGAGGCCCUACCAGACGCGUGUGUAGGAUUCGGUCCCGUUGUUGCAAAUAGCAGCCUACCACACAAACAGGAGUCAACUGAUAUGGCGAGUGGCCAGUUGGAUGCACUUGCAAGUGAUUCUUCUAACAGAACUCCAUCUUCCCAUCUCCAUAGCAGCCACGUUAGAAGACUUCAACACCGUCAUCAUCACGGAAGACGGCAUUAG